GUUCUGCUCCAAGUUUUCACGCCACAAAAUCUUAACCACUUGCAUGAGAAGAACCCAACAACCCCAUUUGAGAGUGUUACUGAAUUCUGCAACAGAGGAAGAGCAAUCCAUGGCUUUGGUUCUCUCAGCUGCUCUUCUCCCAUUUUCUUCCUCUCUUCUGCAACGCCUUCCCAGAAGCACUUCCAAGCUUCGAGUCGUUUCCAGCCAUGGCGGUGGUGGUGUCGAGCUAAUUGCAGAUUCCGCCGCCCCUUCGGCCGAAAGGGUCAGUUUCGGAUUCAAAAAUUUGGCGGAGACUUUUUGGGUAAAUGUGCAGAGGGCUGAGGGGAGACCAUUCAGUGUUGGGCUUAAUUCGCCAUUGUAUUUUGGGGAUUCGAAGCUUGAAACGGUGGAGAAUGUUGCAAUCAGAGUUGAACUGAAGAAUGGGUGUGUUGGUUGGGGGGAAGUUCAAGUGCUUCCGUCUGUUACUGAUGUGAAUCUUGAAACAGUUCUUGCGAAGGCUGAGCAGGUCUGCAGCUACCUCCGCCACACUCCGCCGGCGACUCUAAAUUCGAUGUUUGAUGAUAUUACUGGGCUUCUUUCCCCUCGGGAGUUUGCUCCGAUCAGGGCUGGGGUAGAGAUGGCAUUGAUCGAUGCAGUUGCUAAUAGCAUCCGUGUUCCACUUUGGAGAUUAUUUGGUGGAGUGACUAGUACAUUGACAACUGCAAUAACAGUCCCAAUUGUUUCCCCAGCUGAGGCCACAUUCUUGGCGUCGAAGUAUUACAAUCAAGGAUUUGGGACUCUUAAGCUUGUUGUUGGAAAAAACUUUGCUGCAGAACUUGCAGCUAUUGAGGCUAUUCAUGCAGCUCUACCCUGCUGCUCACUCAUGUUUGAUGCGAAUGAGGGAUACACAGCCGAAGAAGCAAUUAAGUUUCUUGAGAAAUUGAAGGAUAUGGGGAUAGUUCCUCUUGUUUUUGAGCAACCUGUAGACCGAGAUGACUGGAAAGGUCUUCGCCAAGUCAGUAACGUUGCUAGAACAUAUGGGAUACCUGUUGCAGUGGAUGAAAGCUGCCGGAGUUUGACUGACGUUCAGAAGAUCAUCGAUGAAAAUCUUGUGGAUGCCAUAAACAUCAAGUUGCCCAAGUUUGGAGUCCUUGGAGUUCUAGAGAUAACAAAUCUGGCAAGAAAAUCAGGCUUGACUCUUAUGGUCGACAGCAUGGCCGAGACGAGACUCGCAACCGGCUUUGCAGGCCAUUUGGCUGCUGGAGUUGGUUGCUUCAAGUACAUUGUUCUUGAUACACCCUUUUUAUUAGCAGAAGAUCCUGUUGUUGGAGGUUAUGAAGUUUCUGGUGCUGUGUACAAGUUCAAUAAUGCAAGAGGCCAAGGAGGGUUCUUGAAUUGGGAUCUUCUUCCUGAAGCUGGUGGGUUACCUUAAAUCCUUCAACUUUUGGCGGCCCUUAUGGUUUUCUGUAGAAAAUAAAUGCUCCAGUUAGUCUAAAUUGAUGCAUGGCACUCUGCAAAUGGCUAAGCCUUGAAGGAGUAGAGGACAAACUUCGUUGUUGUUAUGAACAAAACCUUUUAAGCUAUCAAUUACUAGGCCAUGGAAAUUGGAGAAAAUAUGUACAUUAUAAUAAGCCUUUUUUGGUGUUAACACGAAAAAAGAAAGUGUCGAUCGGUUGUAUAUUCAUUUGAUAAAAUUUGGUUGAAUUAUCGUAAUAUAACAUAGUUAAAUAGAC